AUGUGCUGCGAGCUGCUGCGGAACCUGCAUUUCUUUUUCGCCACACUCGGAUAUACCUUAUUCGCCACUCCUCCCCCCUCUGACUCAAGCACCUGGACGCGUCUCGGCGUUACCCUGAAAUUUUCUCCGGGCGGUGUUUGGCCCGAUAUCGGCGCCGCUCCUCCUUGCUCCUCCUUAUUCUUUGCUUCCGUCUCGGCGUCGUACUCGCCUUGGGCCUCGCUAUUCCGCUGGAGUGAUCGAGGCCCGCUGACGGAGCACGAGCAUCCCGCAUUCACCUCUCCCCUCCAUAUGCAUUCGCCAAGGACGCGAAGAGGGGGGGUGGGAAUUGCUGCGAAAAGGGAGUCAUUCGGGCCCCGUAAUAAAGGUGAUGUACGAGUGUGGCACUGGAUGGAAGCAUGGCAGACGCUAGCUGGAGCUAUGGGCGGGCGAGCUGGCGGGCGAGAGGGUGCCUCGUGGUCAAAGCUCAGCGCUCAGCGCUCAGAGACGCUGUCCGGAACCUAG